AUGCCCGUCGGCCCUCGAGUAUCCAAAGAUGAAUUCAUGCACGCACUGGGUCUCAACCCAGUAGAUCCGCACCAUGAACAAUACUAUCGUGCCAUGAGAGACGAAGCCAUCAUGGUCUACAACCGCUUAAACCAAGACACCUCAAACCUCCUCGACAACGUGCGCGCCGAUCCAAACGCACGUCCCCCAUUCUUCUGGCACCACAUUCGACCAGACCGCCAGCGGUGGGCGAUUCUAGAAAUUUGGCGAAAUGCUGCUCCCCUCACGCGGGCACUCUUCGACCGUGGCGCCACUAAUGGCGAGUACGGACCCAAUUGGGUGUCUGGGUGGUUGCUGUACAGUGUGUUUCGCUCACGGGAUGUGAGAAAUAAUCGCAAUCGGAGGAAGGGUGAGACGGGAUCUUCUGCGACAUCGGAGCCAGAUAAGCAGCAAACUGGGCAGUCGAGAGGAUACUAUGACCCUGUGAGGAAUGGGACAGUAUGA